UAUAUAUCUUUGGUUUCUCUGUCUCAAUAUCACAUUCUCAUCUCUAACCACUUUGCUUCAGCUAUGGAGUUUCGUUGCCUUCCAUUGGUUUUCUCUCUCAAUCUGUUACUGAUGACAGUUCAUGCUGCCAUACCUCCAGAAGUUUACUGGGAAAGGAUGCUUCCAAAUACCCCAAUGCCCAAAGCAAUCAUAGACUUUCUAAACCUUGAUCAACUUCCUCUUGGGUAUGGUGCUAAGAAAACUCAAUCCGAAGAUGAUCAACCUCUUUGGUACGGUGUUAAGAAAACUCAAUCCGAAGAUCAACCUCUUUGGUACGGUGUUAAGAAAACUCAAUCCGAAGAACAACCUCUUUGGUACGGUGUUAAGAAAACUCAAUCCGAAGAUCAACCUCUUUGGUACGGUGUUAAGAAAACUCAAUCCGAAAAACAACCUCUUUGGUACGGUGUUAAGAAAACUCAAUCCGAAGAUCAACCUCCUCUUUGGUACGGUGUUAAGAAAACUCAAUCCGAAGAUCAACCUCUUUGGUACGGUGUUAAGAAAACUCAAUCCGAAAAACAACCUCUUUGGUACGGUGUUAAGAAAACUCAAUCCGAAGAUCAACCUCCUCUUUGGUACGGUGUUAAGAAAACCUAUGUUGCAAAAAGAAGUCUUUCACAAGAAGAUGAAACGAUCCUUGUUGCUAAUGGUCAUCAACAUGACAUCCCAAAAGCAGACCAAGUUUUCUUUGAAGAAGGAUUAAGGCCUGGCACAAAAUUGGAUGCUCACUUCAAGAAAAGAGAAAAUGUAACCCCAUUGUUGCCUCGCCAAAUUGCACAACAUAUACCGUUGUCAUCAGCAAAGAUAAAAGAAAUAGUUGAGAUGCUUUUUGUGAACCCAGAGCCAGAGAAUGUUAAGAUUCUAGAGGAAACCAUUAGUAUGUGUGAAGUGCCUGCAAUAACUGGAGAAGAAAGAUAUUGUGCAACUUCAUUAGAGUCCAUGGUAGAUUUUGUCACUUCUAAGCUUGGGAAGAAUGCUCGAGUUAUUUCUACAGAAGCAGAAAAGGAAAGUAAGUCCCAAAAAUUCUCGGUGAAAGAUGGAGUGAAGUUGUUAGCAGAAGAUAAGGUCAUUGUUUGUCAUCCUAUGGAUUACCCAUAUGUUGUGUUUAUGUGUCAUGAGAUAUCAAAUACUACUGCGCAUUUUAUGCCUUUGGAGGGAGAAGAUGGAACCAGAGUUAAAGCUGCAGCUGUAUGCCACAAAGACACAUCAGAAUGGGAUCCAAACCAUGUGUUUUUACAAAUGCUUAAAACCAAGCCUGGAGCUGCUCCAGUGUGUCACAUCUUCCCUGAGGGCCACCUUCUCUGGUUUGCCAAAUAGGUUACUUAAGUCUUUAUUUGUUAGUGUGUCCUUAAAUAAGUAGGCAUUUCCAUAUUGCAUUUGAUGUACUAUAUCAGCCUACAAUGUAUUUCUCUAUGUUUGAAAUUGUGAUCUACCUUAAUGGCAUCAUAAUGUAGUGAUUAUGUUGUUGUGAUGUAUUACAUAUGUAUUAAUGUAACCAUGUUAUGCGACUUUUCUUUUCAAAA